GCAAAAUAUUUCAUUUAGGAUAAUGUUGUCUGUGCGGGCUGCAUAAAAAGUAAAGGGAUAUACUUUAAACUGCGGCAUUCCAUAUCUUUUUUUUCUUUAAAGAAUAGUUAGACAUGGGGCCAAGUUUUAAGAUAAUUACCCUUUGCAUGUUGUGCCUUGUUUUGCUAGUCUUAAUUAUUGUUUUGGCACUUGUGUGGUCUAUGCCGGACUUACCUCCAACUGUGUCAAAUAAUAAAAUUUGUUUACCUGCUGAAAAGGGACGUUUAGUUUGCAAUGAUACACCACAGAGACUGCAUGGUUACUUAAACAGGAUAAUUACAGUCAGUUAUGACCAAGUUAGAAAAAAGGAAGAAGAGCAGCAACAAAGAUUCUUGAAAGAAAACCAAGGUCAUCUAAUGGCAAUUUAUGAUAGGUACUUUUGGGAAAUGAAACCGUCUGCUAAGGUUACCGGAAAAGAACAGCCUGUAAAUACAAAAAAUAAGAAAGUCGAAGAGAUGACGCCGAUCCGAGUAUGGCGACACGGAAGAGAACUUUUCGACACUAGCGGUUUCUUACGGUACGGGGUACGGUACAGAAAUGGCCGUUUGGUUGUUCCCGUAUCCGGGACUUAUUUCAUUUAUUCAUAUGUUGAUCUGUUCGAAGAAUUUAAUGACAUUCCUGGAAAACCGAACAUUAAAAACGCGACCAAACCUAUUAAACAUGCAUUGUACAAAUUCAAUAUCUUAGACGAAGCUGAAACCGAAAUUGUUACGAAUAUACAGCCCCACGUUGUAUCACGAAAUAGGUAUUACAAUUCAUACAGUAGCUUUGUAUCUUCUCUUGUCAGUCUUAAAGCUGGGGAUGAGAUUUCUGUGAAGAUUUCAGAUAUUUCAUACAUAAGAUACACGAGGAACAACUACUUUGGCUUAAACCUUAUUUAGAU